UUCAUUAUGAAGACAGACAAAUAUAUAUUAUUCUCACAUUCAAAUUAAUUACGAUAACUUCAUAGAAAAUCUUAACGGUGAAGACAUUUUUUUUGACCUGCUGUGAACAAAAGUAGAAUCCAUCUUCACCCCAUAGCGCACAGGCAAUUGGAGUGUAGGCCAAGAUUUGGACGAGGUUUGAGAAACUAGCUGGGUCGAUUCGUUUGAUUUUUUUUUUUGCGUGCCUGCCUUUCAGUAUUUUGUUUAUUUUCAAAAAACUCAAGAUAGUAUGCAUGUCAAACAUGUUUGCGAGCUAAUUACCUUGCGAGGUACUUUGAUAAAUCUACAUAAAACGUUCGUAUAAGUAAAAUAAAAUACUCAACAAUGCCUUUUGUGGCUAAACGAUGCGGUGUUCAAUUCAGCCCACCAUCAAUCGUUUUAAUUUAUGAAAGUAAUGUUAAGGAUACAAACAAGAUCCGCAAAAGAAUCAUACCUGUGAGGAACUUCACGAACUGUUCAGAUUGCUGCAUGGCUGCGGAGAGAAUGAAGCACCAUAUUCGGCAUAGGGCAUACCUGGAGAGUGUUUCAUUGGGGCAACUGGAGAGGCUUCAUAUAGUGCUGCGGGAUCACAUGCAGGGCCACAGCCUGGAGCACACUCUAGCCUCCCUCCGCCUGGACCCUGAGGAGGACCUCAACAAGCUGGAUGAUGAGGAGCUUGCACGCAAGAAGGCCCAAAUGGACAAAGUCUUUGAGCGCAACCGAAGGCGGAAAGAUGACCCUGACUUUGUCUAUGACCUGGAGGUGGAAUUUAAAGGGGAGGUUGCUCGGGAACCAUGCAGCUGGGAUGAAGAGGAGUCUGAUGAUGGGUUUUAAAAGAACACAGAUCAGACUGGGAGUGUUUCGGUUUGUCAACAAAGCACCCUACCUGAUCUUUAGUGAUUGAAUAAUACUCAUUCCUUUGCACAGGGCAGUUGUUAUUCUGGCCCUUUUGCUCAAUUAAGCCAUCAACAACAACCAUAUCCAACUGGACAUGGAUAAAAAUAAACAUUUAAACUAAUAUCCUUACAGAUGCUAUUGAAAUAUUGAGUAGUUGUACAUCUUUAUUGAUAUGAAACUUACAUUUACAAAAUACAAGUACUUUGUCUCCUUGACCCUCUGUUUCAACAGCAUUAUACUUGUACAAGAUUAGUUAACUGUGAAUAUAUCAGACAAGUUUAUGCUAAACCCCUAAGAAUCCCGAACAAUUAUCUAAAGUAACAAUCUUUGGAAAGUAAUAUUCUUGUUACAUGUCGUUGUCAACAUUGUAGCCUAUAUCAAGUACAAUAGUAUUGUGUAAGGUUUGAAUAAAAAGUAGCACAUACAACUAUCAAA